CACUUCCUGGGACGCGGAGAGGGAGGUGGACUGAGAGGUUCCUCAGUGUGGGCGAGUAAAAUGCUCUGGAUGUGAGAAACAGGUCCAGAUCAUCUGUGCUGUGUGUUCAGAUGUGCAUAUAUUUCUUCUAAGUUGAUUAAAGUUGUUUUAGAACUAUCAAGUACCUCAAAGAUCUGACUGGCAGUACUGCACAAGCCUGCCUGCCAUGGGCUGUCGGGAUGUCCAUGCAGCCACGGUCCUCUCCUUCCUGUGUGGAAUCGCCUCGGUAGCAGGCCUCUUUGCGGGGACUCUGCUUCCCAACUGGAGAAAAUUACGACUGAUCACGUUCAACAGAAAUGAGAAGAACCUGACUGUUUACACAGGCCUGUGGGUGAAGUGUGCCCGGUACGACGGGGGCAAUGACUGCCUGAUGUACGACACUACUUGGUACUCAUCAGUUGACCAGCUGGACCUGCGGGUCCUCCAGUUUGCCCUGCCCCUCAGCAUCCUGAUUGCAACGGGGGCCCUGCUGCUCUGCCUGAUUGGAAUGUGUAACACUGCCUUCAGGUCCUCGGUGCCCAACAUCAAACUGGCCAAGUGUCUGGUCAAUAGUGCCGGCUGCCAUCUGGUGGCCGGGCUGCUGUUUUUCCUGGCAGGUACUGUGAGCCUCUCCCCAUCCAUCUGGGUCAUCUUUUAUAACAUCCAUCUGAACAAGAAGUUCGAGCCAGUCUUUAUGUUUGACUAUGCAGUGUAUGUCACUAUUGCUAGUGCUGGGGGCUUGUUUACGACUUCCCUUCUACUGUUUAUUUGGUACUGUGCAUGCAAAUCUUUGCCUUCUCCUUUCUGGCAACCGCUGUACUCCCAUCCUCCCAGUAUGCAUACAUAUUCACAGCCCUAUUCCGCACGCUCCCGCCUCUCUGCCAUAGAAAUCGACAUUCCAGUAGUUUCACACACCACCUAGUGGGGAAAUAGUUGCUAAAGAAAACUUGUAGCCUCACAUUUCCCUUGUGCAAGGAGCUAUUUUGGACCUAUAUACAUUUUCCUUUGUUUCUGAUCAGUCAGUGAAACCAAAUUAGUAUGUCUUAGUAAGAUGAAGUGCUGCUAGUUUUUAUGAAAAGUACAAUAUUUAAAUGUGAAUCAUUCCUUUUAUCUUCUUAUGCUAGAAGGAUUUUUAACCUCCAGGUUGAUAUCUGAUCAGUUAUUUCGGUGGAAAGGACCUGUGUCUCAAUUGAGGUGAUUUAGAGCAACAUAGUAAAAAAUGAUUGCUAAGAGAAGCUCUUAUAAGCGAUCCUUAUGAGUAUUUCAGAAUGUGUAUUGUCCUUUUGCUAUAGUACCUUAAAUUGGGAAAAAAGGGCAAUUUCAAAUUAAAAAUUUUUUUUCAGGUAAGGGUAAUAUUUUAACAGUAGCCAGUCUACCAGCUUAGGCUGUAACUUUUCUUACUUCUUU